AUGGAGGCACAAGAUCUCGAGAGGAUUGGAACGAGAAGAACUCACCAAUCGUCAAUCGUCCUGCCAGAACCUCCAGACGGCGGUGUACGGGCAUGGACACAAGUUGCCAUGGGCUGGAUUGUCAUUUUCACAACCUGGGGCUAUGUCAACUCUUUUGGAAGUUUUCAAUCCUACUACACAUCGGUGCUGCCUCAAUCAUCUUUUGAUAUUUCGUGGAUUGGCUCGUUACAAGUCUGGUUAACCUUCUUCGGGAGUGCCUUUUCUGGCAGACUCCUCGAUGCUGGGCUCUUUGUUCCAACCUUUCUCAUUGGCUCUACGAUGCAGCUUCUUGGAAUUUUUCUAAUGAGUGUUUCGACAAAAUACUGGCAAUUGAUGCUUACUCAAGGUAUUCUGACUGGCUUUGGUGGAGGCAUCAUAUUUGCCCCGUCACUCGCCUUGGUCGCCACAUAUUUUGACAAACAUCGAGGCAUCGCAAUUGGACUUGUGACAACUGGAAACUCUAUCGGUGGCCUUGUAUAUCCACUUGUCGUCCGGGAACUGCUUCCCAUACUGGGAAUGCCUUGGACAACUAGAGUGCUUGGCUUCAUCAACUUGACAGGGUUUUGCUUUGUGGCUGUCUUUAUGCGUCCAAGACUUCCCCCACGCAAGUCUGGACCAAUCAUUGACUGGGAUGCCUUUAAGGACAAACUCUACAUCUCUUAUGUGGCAGGCCUGUUCUUUUUCGUCUUGCCCGUCUACUACACCUUCUAUUAUCUCGCUUCGUAUGGCCGAGAUGCCCUGGGUCUUUCAUACUCUGAUGCUUCGCUCCUCACCACCCUCAUCAACGGUGCGGGCCUACCUGCACGAGUUCUGGUACCGAUCAUCGCCGACCGCAUUGGGCCACUCAACACGAUAGCCCCAGCUGGAUUUUGCGUGGCUGUCGUUGCCUUUUCUUGGCUAGCAGUCCACGACAUAACGGGCAUCUGGAUUUUCACAACCUUUUAUGGCCUUGCUUCUGGUGCAUUCCAAAGUCUCAUGCCAACUGGAGUCGCAAGUAUCACAAAGAGACUGGAUGCCAUGGGCACACGAAUCGGCAUGUGUUUUAGCAUCAUCUCAUUUGCCGGAUUGACUGGUCCUCCCAUUGGUGGCCGUAUUCAGUCUGCAACAAAAGACGACUACACUGGUGCGCAUAUCUGGGCUGCUCUCUGUAGUUCGGUUUGCGUUGGCUUGCUUCUAUUGGCUCGAGUGCUGAAGGUAGGAUGCAAACCACAUGUCAAGUGCUAA